AUGGUUUUUUCUUUUGACCUUGGAGUCAUCUUACAACGAGACACAAGAAGAACGAAGAGGAGAUGGAAGGUAAUAAGAAGAAGAAGACGUAGAGACAUAUCUAAGGGCCAUGAACCGUCACUGGAGAUUCCUUUAGAUCUCGUGAUAGAGAUUUUCAGAAGACUCCCUCCCAAAUCUCUAACGAGGUUCAAAUUAGUCUCCAAGCUCUGGUCAUCCAUUGUUUGUUCCAAAUAUCUUACCGACCUUUCAUCAUCGCCACGUAUAUACAUGUGGUUGGGCUUCGACGAAGAAAAGAUAUUAGUAUCAUCGUCACCGUCUUCUCCUGACUUGGACGGUUCCUUUGUAAUUGACCAAGAUUUGACAAUCUCAGCGAUGAAAGGCUACUCGGUAUCUCACGUUUAUCGCGGGUUGAUGUGCUUUACAAAUGGCACAAAUGCACAAAUUUUUAACACGACCACUAGGCAACUUGUUGUCUUGCCUGAGAUAGAAGAAUCCAACAUUAUAGCUGAAGAGUACAAGUUUAGGAAGGUCAUAUACCGUAUCGGACACGACCCUGUUCAUGAUCAAUAUAAAGUGGUUUGCAUAGUUUCAACACACAAUGUUCGAAGGAUGGAGCAUUGGGUCUUCACACUAGGAGGAGGUGUGUCUAGACAAUGGAGAAAGAUACCAAGUCCAUGUCCACAACAUAGUCCUUUCACACAAGGAUUGACAAUGAAUGGGCGUAUGUAUUACCUAGGUUUGGUUCCUGAUUUGCUUUCUCCUGUGUUUGUGAGAUUCGAUAUUAGUUCUGAAGAAAUCAGCGUGCUCCAAAAUGUUGAAGAUGCCUUUUGGUGUCGGUAUUAUUAUACUGAGAUUAUAGAAUACGAUGGAAAACUAGCUAUUUUAGACUAUUCCGAUCUUGUAAAAGACGGUGUGAUGGAACUAUGGGUGAGGGAAGAUGAAGAGAAGAAUAGUUGGUCAAGGAAGACUUUGGUGUUGCAUCCUUCUCAUAUGAAUAUGGUCAAAACGCAUAUAGUCCAUAAUAUGAGUUUGAGGGUACAAGGUACAACUAGAAACGGUGACGUUAUCUUGGUUCCUCAACAUAUUACUAGACCCGACGACCAGUUUAUCGUUUUACCUCAAGUUACAACUCAUUUCUACGUGUUUCUUUACAAUCUACAAAAGAACCAUUUGAGAAAAGUUUACAUAAAAUCCAACCGCUACAACACCAAAAGAUGGGACGUUGUUGGAUUUGACGACAUUGAGAACUUCAUGUCUCUCUAAUUGCUUUUGUGAAUAUAUAUUUUUAUAUGUUUCUCCAAUCAUUUUAUUUAAUUUUGU